CGAUCGAGAGGGUGUCAGUCUGUCUCCGAGUGCUUCGUUUCAUUGUGUGCUAUUGUUCCCAAUAACGAUCCUCUGCAAUCAUCCCCAUCUCCACCUCGCUCAUCUGCCUUCCUUCGGGAGGAGCUGGACAAGCAAGCUGCACAGAGGGGAAAUACCUGGAGGAUAAUGACCUAAAGGCCUUUGUCAUUUUGCAGAAUUUGUUUUACCAAAGACUGUGGAAUAAAGAUAGUUCUGCUCAGGGUGUUCUCUUUGGUGCUGGGUAGAAGAUGAGGAAACACCGGAUGUUACCACUGUGCGCUCUUCUGGGCGUACUGUUUGCAGGACUGCUGCCCAAACUUGACGCUCAAGAGGAAGCACAAGAGUCAGCUGACCUUGUACUCUUAAUUGACGGAUCUGAGAAUGUUGGAGCGGCCAACUUCCCCCGCGUGCGCGAUUUGGCUAUGAAAGUCAUUGAGGGCCUUGAUGUGGGCAGGGACACAGUUCGGGUGGCCGUGGCUCUGUACAGCGCGGACCRKGAGYUUCAGUUCUWUCUAAAUASCUAUGASAKCAAAGCCGCUGUCCUGGAUGCAGUGAAGGCCAUUCAGUUCACAGGCAGCAAUGAGGCUAACCUUGGAGCCGCCUUGGAGAAAGUCGCUGAGAGCCUGUUGAGUCCGGCAUCAGGGGGCAGGGCAGAGGAGGGGGUGCCCCAAGCUCUGGUGGUUAUCAGUGCUGGACCGUCCAAUGACGAUUUCAGUGCGGGUGACAGGGCCCUUAAGGCAGCAGGGGUUAUCACGUUUGGCGUAGUGGUCGGCGGCACGGCCAACGCCGAGCUGGAAACUAUCGCCACAGACAAGAGCUUUGUUCUGUCGGCCCCCGAUUUCAGGACAGUGGCAAGCAUGGGUGACCAGCUGCUACCAUACGUUAACGGGGUGGCCCAGCGUACCAUUGUCGUUGAGAAUGAAUUCACAGAAGCCUUGGAAGUGGGAAAAAGGGACAUCAUUUUUCUCAUUGACAGCACUAUGGGUGCCACAACGAUCAACUCUCUUCGUGAGUUUAUCAAAAGGUUUGUUGACACCAUGCCAAUCGGACCGGACCAAGUGCAAGUAGGUGUGGCCCAGUUCAGCAAUGCUGCCAGGCUUGAGAUAGACCUGAACGCAUAUGGAUCCAACGAGGACCUGAAUGCGGCUCUGGGAAGACUCAAGCCAAGACCGGGACAAGUGGUGAACAUCGGGGCGGCCCUGGACUUUGUGAGGACCAACAUGCUGAGGGCUGACAAGGGGAGUCGUAUUCAGCAGGGCGUGCCCCAGCUGGUUUCUGUUCGUUGA